CCCACCAAACCCGGCUUCGUGCCCCACCACAUCUACCAGAGACAGUCGAUCUGGUACCAUUACGUGCGCCAGAAAUACGGCCUCCCCCUGGACAGCCGCCACCUCUACACGAAGACCGACUGGGAGUUCUUCGCCAUGGCGGUCGCCAGCGAGCGCACGCGCAGCGAGAUCCUCGAGUCCGUCGCCAGAUGGGUCAACGAGACCGUCACCGAUCGGCCGUUCACGGACCUCCACAAUACAGAGGGCAAAGGCGAGUUCCCCGGGCCCAACUUCUUCGCGCGCCCGGUGAUCGGCGGCCAUUUUGCGUUCUUGGCGCUGCAGCGUGCUUGUGGCGGGAGGGCGAUGGAGGGAUUGGCGUUUCUCGAUGACGAGUCGGAUCAGGAGACGCUGCAGGAGUGGAUGGCUGCUGCUGCCAACGCGGUGGAGGAGUUGCAGACGCAGUCCGGUCGUUGGGGGUAUGGUUCCGAGAAUGGCGAGCUGUAA